AUGCGGCCACCGGAGAUGUCUUAUAGUCCUGCCUACCACCAAGGCCAGGACGCCCUCGGCGCAGCAGCUCGCAAUUCGAUCAUCGCCCCGCUGCCUGAUCGAUCUAUGGAAUCUCGUGACCCCAAUUAUCCAGCUUCGUGGCGCCCCUCUGUCGACGGCACACCCUACGAGGGGAGUCUUCGAUCUUCUGGCCCGCGGAGAUCCCUCGCCCAGUCUCCGGAAGCUUCACGGCGCUCUUCUCGAGUCGACAACGAGUCCCCCGUCACUCGUGUGGUGGUUUCAGGCGGGGUGAUACACAAAGAAGAGCGCUCUCGUGGCAGCUGGGCUGACCAGCCCUCUUUGAUGUCGGCCGAUCAUUCGGGCACACCUCGCACGCAAAAGCGAGGCGGUCCCGUAGAUAUACCUGCGGUGGAUAGUCAGGAUGCGCUACUGAUGCUUUUCCGACUCUCCGUCCCGGUCCCGAUAUACUCCCUCGGCGCAAGCUUAUACACGUGCUGCGCCUUGAUAUUCGCCCUCCUCAUCUCUCCUCUCCGACUCUGCCCUCCCACACCAUACCUUCGCAAUACCUCAUUCAAAUCACAGCUGUGCGAUCUCCUAUCUCCAGCCCUACAUGCCCACGAGCGCCUCGUACGCAUGCGGCCACCAACAUCACACCGAUCAUCCUCCACACAAUGGAUCCAAGCCGAGAUUGACUCUGAGCAGCACUCAACGCUAGCCGAGACAAAUCGAUACUACGCCGUUGGCAUGUCUAUCCUUGUGUUGACACUGUCGCCCUUUUUCAGCAUCGCAAUCCUGCUGUUUGCAUGGACGGCUGCAUUUUUCUGGGUCUUCGCCAUGGUCAUGGGCAACCCGGACGGAACAGAGCGCAAAGAUGACGGCCGCGCCGCCGUUCUUGGCGUCUGCAAAUGGUGGCAGACGUGGCUGGGCAAGGCGCGAAAAUCGUCAUAA